GCAGGCAGGUCCGCAGCCGCCCCGCAGGAUGGACAUCAGGCCCAACCACACCAUCUACAUCAACAACAUCAAUGACAAGAUCAAGAAAGAAGAACUGAAGAGGUCCCUGUAUGCAUUAUUCUCACAGUUUGGUCAUGUGGUUGACAUUGUGGCUUUAAAGACUAUGAAGAUGAGAGGACAGGCUUUUGUUAUAUUUAAAGAGCUGGGCUCAUCUACCAAUGCUCUGAGACAACUGCAAGGCUUUCCCUUUUAUGGGAAACCAAUGCGUAUUCAGUAUGCAAAAACAGACUCUGACAUCAUCUCUAAAAUGCGUGGGACAUUUGCUGAUAAGGAAAAAAGGAAGGAAAAGAAAAAGGCCAAAUCUCUGGAGCAGUCAGCAAAUGCAGCAAAUAAAAAGAUUAUCCAGGGAGCAACACAAAAUUCAGCCAAUGCCCCAGGGACAGCAGCACAGAAUCAGCAGGUGCCUGAUAACCCACCAAACUAUAUCCUUUUCCUUAAUAACUUGCCUGAGGAAACCAAUGAGAUGAUGCUGUCCAUGUUAUUCAAUCAGUUUCCUGGAUUCAAAGAAGUACGUUUGGUGCCUGGGCGCCACGACAUCGCAUUUGUGGAGUUUGAAAAUGAGAAUCAAGCAGGAGCUGCUCGAGAUGCUCUCCAGGGAUUCAAGAUCACUCCGUCUCAUGCCAUGAAAAUCACUUACGCGAAGAAAUAACCAGAUAUUCUGUGGAUAGUUGGUUUUUUAAUACAGUGGUGACUUUGAUCAGCUAGCAUGUUUGCUGCUCUCUGCAGAAAA